AUGGCGUCAGAAAAGUCGGUUGAGCAUGCUCACAUCGAGAAGCUCAUUGCCAACAACCUCCCUGGCAGUCCCAUCUACGCCUUCCUGCUGACUCCUGUGCGUGUCGUCUCGGCAUCCAAAGGACAUGUAGUAUGUCGCCUGCCCUUGACAAAGAGUCAUAUGAACUCCAAGGGAGGCAUUCAUGGUUCAGUCUCGGCUACUAUUGUAGACUGGAUGGGUGGCAUGGCCAUUGCUUCUUACGACUUGCGCGAGAAGACUGGUGUGAGUGUUGAUGUUCAUGUCACCUACCAGAGCUCUGCAAAGGAAGGUGAUGAGAUAGAGAUCGAGGGCAUCGCCGACAAGGUUGGUGGUUCUCUGGCCUUCACAAAGGUCAACAUUUUCAAAGUCCAGGACGGCAAGCGCGGUGUCGCUGUCGUUACUGGCACCCAUACCAAAUUCGUCAGAGUUUGA